UUGGGUCAUUCGCGUCGCUUCCAACUUGUACUUCGUUUGGAUUUUUGUAGAGGUGCCUUUCUCUAAACUUGCAACAUAGCAUAGUUUUAGUUUAGUGUUUUCAAUUUCAUUCACGAAAGCUGGCGGGUGUGCAAAUGUGUUAAAAAUAAAGUGGAAAGAAAUUUUAAAAGAAUUGAAAGUGUUAAAAUACGUUUAAUCAGUUAAUGCAAUAGUCAAGGGCUGAGGGCGCGGCGAGUGGCUAGACGGCAUCAUGGACGACGACCAACAGUUCUGCCUGAGGUGGAACAACCAUCAGUCUACACUGGUGUCUGUUUUCGACACUCUUCUUGAGAAGGGGAUGCACGUGGACUGCACCCUGGCUGCUGAAGGACAGACGCUCAAGGCGCACAAAGUAGUCCUCUCGGCGUGCAGUCCCUAUUUCGAGAGUGUACUAUCACAGCAGUAUGAUAAGCAUCCAAUAAUUAUCCUCAAAGAUGUCAAAUACGCUGAGUUGAGAGCAAUGAUGGAUUAUAUGUAUCGCGGUGAGGUCAACAUAUCUCAAGACCAGUUGGCCGCACUGCUAAAAGCUGCAGAGUCCCUACAGAUCAAAGGGCUCUCAGACAACAAGCCCUCGAGGCCACCGUCGCGCCCCGCGCAGGCUGUCGCUGCACACCCGCCUCGAGCUCCCUCACCUCCUCCACAGGUCCGAGAUGGUAGUAUAGACAGUCGUGAAGGAUCAGUCAGUCCAACACGACGUCGGAAGAAAGCGCGUCGCAUGUCCAGUGAAAUUCCGCCCGUACCUAUUCCACCACCCAACGACAACGCCCAGGGAAACGGAGAGGACGCCGCACCCUGCAAGGAAGAACUGCAGCGGGACGGCGUCGAGGACCUCACGCUAGACGAGGAGACUGAUGACCAGCCCGCCGUGGCACACAACGACGUUGUACGCAAUUUCCAAUGGCAUAUGGAACGAUCUCAAGACGACCUGAUGAACUCGAGUGACAGCGCGCGAGAGUCGCAAGAAUUACACAAGGAUAGCCACCUGCCGUCGGCUCUGCUGUCCUUGCUGUCAGUACAGCAGGCACAGUCGCAGUCGCUGGUGUCGCUGGUGCCGUCCUGCAUCCAGGUCACUAACAUCAUGAAGCCCUCCGCCACUAAAGACCUUGCGCCCUAUCCCUCGCCGCUGCACAUACCCAAGCUGCCAUUAGAUACGCUCAAUUCGAUCCCGGAGAAUAUUAAAGCGCAUCUUUUGCAGCAAGCUUUUAUGCAAAACAACAAUACUGUCACACCAAACAUGGACUAUAAGCUACCCAUCAAGCAGGACGAUACAGAGUCUGACGCGGAGUACGAUGACACGGACGACAUAGUACUGCCCGAAGAGUCGGACACGUUCUACGACAGCAACGGCGGGUUCCCCGGCAACUCUGGCGGCAUUCACGGCGACGACGGCUUCGACACCAAACCAGACAUGAAAGGACACUGGAAGAGAGACGGAAACAGUUCGGACGACGCGAGCCGACAGUUCGAAUGUAAGCAUUGCGGUAAGAAGUAUCGCUGGAAGUCCACCCUGCGCCGCCACGAGAACGUGGAGUGUGGCGGCAAGGCCCCAUCCCACCAAUGUCCCUACUGCUCCUACAAGGCCAAGCAGCGGGGCAACCUAGGCGUACACAUAAGGAAGCACCACAACAACGAGUGGUACAUAUACGCCAGCAACAAAGUGAGGCGGAAUAAAAAAACCUCCAUUUAGUUAUGUUUAAGAAGAGAAAUAUAUUUUAAAAAUCUUUAGACCAAAGUAGAUACCUAACCAAAUCGGUACUGCAAUAAUUUUAUUUAUAUUUACAUUAUUUUUUUGUUGACGACGUUUUAAUAUACACUAAAGAAAUAGUUGUAAUAUGCACAUUCCCUAACGGCAUUAGUGUUAAUUUUGUUGUUUUUGUUUUAGAGUUUAUUAUGGUAGUUAAGACUGACCCUAAGUAUUUUAUUCAGAUGAAUAUGACCCAAGGUCGCUGUAAUUUUAAAUAUUAGACAAAAAUGGAAACUAGUGUAAAGAAGUAAUCCUUUCUUGAGUGACACGACGUCAUUUGUCUUGUCACUGACCCAUAGAGGUCAUCAACCAAAUUUUUGGAAUUUCCAUUAUUUAACUCGAAUUUGUUUAGUUUUAAUUAUCAUUCCUAGCAAGGAAUAAUUCCAAAUUGAUAAUUUAGUGCAAUGAUAUUAAAUAAAUAGUUAGUUGAUAUUACAUUGACCUGCCUAAUCAGGUCUCUGCAUCAUUAACCACGGUAGUUUCCGCCACGGGUAGAUUUAUUUAUAAUGAACGACAGCAUAACAUGUCGCGACGUAUGUUUAGUCUCGCUAUAUUAUCCUAUUGUUCUUGUUUAUAAUUUAUUUCUAUUAAUUUCUUAGUACAUGGGACCACUUACCUUUGUCUUCCUUACUUUCUUUGUAGCAAACCCAAAGUUAUUUUAAUGUUGUUUAUUUAUUAGGAUAAUGUUUUAUGGACUCUUGUCCUUUGUAAUGUAGUGUUCCGAAUGUUUGUGAUUCGCUCAUUAGUUCUGCUGGUCGCCACUGUGCAAUAAUUCGGAACAUUGCAAAUUAGUUAGUUAAAAGCUCAUCAAUAAUGUGCCUACAAUGUUACCUGUAGUUAUUAAACAUAUUUAUUGAUAUUUUACAUAUUUUUGGUUAGAAUUUUGGUGAACUGGGAUAUAAAAUGUGUUCAAAAUUUAUAUUUUUGUUUAAACGUGUUGUCUUGAUAUUAACUGAUAUUUACAUGCAAUAACAUAUUUUCAUGUUUCGUUUAGCAUAUUGACUGUUGAUAUUUUUUGUUAAACUAGGAUAACAAAGCUAUUUGACCAAAGUCAGUAUUAGAUUUUUAACGUGAUGAUAAGAAAUAAAGAAUGUUAUUUGUUGAAACAAGUCAUUGCUAAGCAUAGAAAAAUAAUGUUUUUGAUAUAUGCAAUAUUCCCUUCAUAUCAUGUUACGAUUGCGGUAUGAGGUACAGAUGUAUGAAUUUAUAUUAAAAUUGGUUAUGUUGUUUGUUAAUGUUAUUGGAGUAGUUAUCAAUUAGUGUGAUUUUUAUAUGAAUAUAUUGGGGUUUACUUGGUAGAAAAGUUUAAUCAAAUAUAGCUAUAGUAUAUCAGAUACAAA